AUGACGACCGAUCCUACGAAGUCGUCUCCGCCCGUUGAAGCAACAGCGAAUCAACUCGAGAACCAACAGAACGAGGGAGAGCAGCAGACUACGGCCCACAUGCAAGGAUGGGCUCUUGCUUCUCUGACCAUUGCCUUCAUGGCUAUUUGCUUCGUUCUGGCACUGGAUAAUACUAUCUUGGCGACCGCUAUACCUCAGAUCACAAGCGACUUCCACAGCCUAAACGAUAUCGGCUGGUAUGGAUCCUCUUAUCUGAUAGCUCAAAUGGCAAUGUUACCGACCUGCGGCCGACUUUAUGCGUUUUACAACAUAAAAUGGGUGUACUGCACGUCCCUUGUCGUCUUCGAACUCGGCUCGGUCAUCUCAGCCGUCGCGCCAAAUUCAAUAACCCUCAUAGUGGGAAGAGCCAUUUCUGGCGUAGGCGCUGCCGGGCUGGUGAGUGGGACUACCACUAUACUGUCUUACUGCGUCCCCUUGAAGAAGCAGGCAAAGUUGUCACCGGUUAUCUUGGGUCUGUACAGCACCGGAUCGGCGAUAGGGCCGCUUGUUGGUGGCGCCAUAACUGAUAGCAAGACUCUUACAUGGCGAUUCAUCUUUUGGCUCAACCUCCCCUUUGGAGCUGUCGGACUAGCUCUGAUAUGGUUCAGCUUGAGGAACCCUCCACCUGCUGUCAAGGAAGGAUUGCCGUGGCAGGAUAAGUUACGCCAACUCGACAUGCUCGGCGCUAUUAUACUUCUCGGUGCAACAUCAUGUCUGAACCUGGCUUUACAGUGGGGAGGAAUUGUUCAUCCGUGGUCAGACCCGAAAGUCUUUGGCUGCCUCAUCGGAUCCGGCUUGCUGCUGCUUUGUUUCGUGGGUUUGCAAGCUCGGGGCAAAGAGACCGCCACUGUUCCUCUCCGUAUAUUGCGGGGCCGAACCGUCGUGGCAUCAUGUGGGUUCAUGAUGCUCGUACAAGUGGCCAUCGUGCUCAACUCAUACUACUGGCCAAUCUAUUUCCAGUCCGUGAGAAAUAAUAGCGCCAGAGACUCAGGUAUAUUUUUAUUGCCCAUCAUCGUGUCCAAUAGUCUUGGCACAAUCUGUGCUGGAUGGAUUUCGUCGCGGUUUGGACACUAUGUUCCUUUAAUGUGGAUUGGUGCCCCAAUUCAGGCUAUCGGAGGCGGCCUCUACCAGCUUAUAAAUCCUCACAGUCCACGCGGUCAAUGGAUCGGAACCCAAAUCGCAUCCGGAGUCGGUUACGGCAUGUGUAGCCAAAUGCCAAUCCUUGCUGUUCAGGUGGUCCUCAAGAAGGCAGAUGUGCCAACGGGCCUCGUGAUCAUUAUGUUCUUCCAGAUGCUGGGCGGGGCUUUGGCUCCUAGUAUCGGGCAGAAUCUAUUCACAGAUGCAUUACUACGGCGUCUUACUCGGGUUGAUGGAAUCGAUGCUGCGGCUGUGGUGGAAGUUGGUGCAGGGGAAUUCAGGAAGAUUGUCCCCCCGCAGGCCCUGGAUGCUGUCGUUGAGGCGUUCAAUUCUGCCUUGAAGAACGUUUUUUGGGUUGCUCUUGCUACCCCAGCCCUAGCUUGGUUGGUGAGCUGGGGCAUGGAGUGGCGACAGAUACCUGACACCAAGCGUCCGACUACUGAAGCCUCAGCCGAAGAAGUUUCGGAGAAGUAA